AUGAGCUUCAACAUUUCAAAUUCGAAAUCAUCGGCAUAUUUUGGAGCAGGCAUUUCAUUCAGAGCUGUAAUGAAUGGUUUAGCAGAGACUGCUGGAAGCCUAUCUAGAAAGCUGCGGUCGAAAAAUGUCUCCACGACAGAGGUUUACGACAUUUCCAUCAAAUUGCUUAAUGGUGAUAUUGCGGUCUAUUUCCCCAAGAAGGAAAUCUUCGUAUUGGAUUUGAUUGUGGAUCGUUGGAAUAACCAGAAAAAUGUUCACUUCAAGCGGGAUCCUCAAAUUUGGCGUCUUUUCAACCUAAUGUGGGAGUCUGUACAAAUGGAAGACCUACGCAAGAAAACUUUUAAGAGCUUGAAGUACGUGCCACAUUUGAUCCAAACAUUGGAACUACCAGAUUUAGAGCACAAUGCCGAAGUUGCUUGCGUUUUGCAAAAGAAUUUUGAGCUUUUAAAUUCAAGCUUGAGCGUCGAAAUGAAUACCGAUCAGGCCCUUUUAAUCAUCGCAGGUGUGCUGAAAGUUAUUCUCGACUGUCCCGAUAUUCGAUCUGUGGAAAGAGAGAAGCUCAUAGAAGAAACUAUGAGGCUGACAAAUAUGCAUACACAUAUGCAGGCUGGCGGUUCCAACAAAUUAUCCUCCAUCUUUUGCCAACAUCCGCUUUCUAGUAUCUUACAAUAUAACGCCGAGUAUCAUAACUCUGAAUCAAAUGUUCUUAGCAUGCUUGUUUCAGUCUAUCUGUUUGGACCGGAUAUUAACAGUAUGAAGCAACUGACGACCUUCGUCGACACAUUCGGCAGGGACCUUUCCAACAAGUGCUUGACUGUCCUUUUCAAGGAAUGCAUUCAUGAAUUUUCAAAAUCCUCCAUGAGCCAGCUUGAAGAGGUAUUCUCCUUACUGACUAAAGCUCGGCCUGGUUUAGCUAUUGUGCUCCUAGAAGAACUCUGCUCUUUAAAGCAAACCCUUUCUCAGCAAUUCUUGGAGAGUCUGUUUGACGAAUUUUUUCAGAAGCUUUCGAAAACCUCCCAAGAAGAUGACUGGAAGAUGAUCAACCGGAUCAUAACCCUUGAUCUGGAAGUGGGAAUCAUCAACACGCGCAGGAUAAUGGAUAAAGUAGCGACAGAAGAAACCACUAAUUUAUCCGCAGAGACAUGGGAAAACUUGAUAGAAUGCUAUGUCAACGCAAGAGAACUUCCUAAAUUGCUAACCGAAUGGAAGGAAUACUCGAUAUCGGAAAGUGGCUCUACGUGCUUUGUCGAUGUGCCUGAAAUGGCUAACAAAAUUACCAAAAACAUAUCUGCACUCUCCGUUCUUCAAAUGCACACCUUCUUCAAAGAGCUCUUCAACGAUCUAAGGGAACGACAUGAGAUUGGAGACAUUAUUCUGAAAGCAUUAGGUAUAACGAUACUUGGAUUGCGUUCACUGCCUUACAACCACUUACCUGAUUUGGAACCAGUGCUCUCUCAAAUAUUUGAUCUCCAUAUUGUUAAAAAGACUAGUGCGUACUGGUCAUACGCUUUCCAUUUUCUAGACCUGUAUGAUGAUAUUUUCUCAGAGGAUAGCUUGAGUCAAAUCCACUCGAGCGUCACUGAUUCUUUAAAAAGGCGAGACGAAUCUAGUGAUCUAUUCUUUACAGCCUUCAAAUUAAGGGAGUUAAGAGAUUAUGAUCUUGAGAGCACGAUAGAAAAAUUCAUGGCCUUUUUCCUUUCAGCUCCUAAGAGUGAAAGACAAAACCUGACAUCAAGGUUAUUUUCAAGGUGGUCCACGAUAGUUAAUAUGCUCUUUUCUCAAGAUCAAAUUUCUAUAUUGGUAGAAGGGCUUUUGGAUAAAGAAUGUCGCAAUUUUCUGACCAUGGUCACCUCCUCUGAUGACUUCUAUGAAGAGGACAGAGUAGUGUAUUCGCUUAUUGCCCAAAUGGUCGAUAAUGUAAAUGAUCAAAGCGUGGUAGAGCAAUUUUCCAUUAUACCGAUUAAGUGCAUCUCUAAAGCUGUGCGGAUACGGACUAUUGACACUUUGUGUGAGAAGUCAAUUUUGACAGCCCGCGACGUCGUGCUUGUAACACAUUUGCUCUCAAAUCCCACAUUCAAAUCUUCUGUUGAAGUUGAUGUCAACGUUUUGGAUAAAAUUUUGAGCCAAGAUAGUCUAUCUCAUCUUACCGAUCCUAUUCUUGACAAAAUUAUCUCAAACCACAUUUCACAGCGCCAUGACAAGGUUAGCGAGCUCUUUAUCACCAAACUGGUGGAUCACGUUGUUCUUAACUUGCGAAAGGGACUCAGCAUACCUGCAACAAAAAUCGCAGUUCAUCUUUUGAGCAAACUUAACUUCGAUGAUUCGUUGGUCAAAGGUCUGCAAGAUAUCGUACUAGAGACAUUAUUUGCAUUUUCCACCCAAGAGUGUAAUGUUAAAGAUAGAAAGGCCACAGUAAUAUGGUCAUUACGCGUGCUAUAUGAAUUACACCAAGGUACAAUGUCAAUUCUUUCCAAAGAUAAGAUCGAUGUCUUAAUAAAGGGCCUUAUGGGAAGUUACCAUACUGGAAAGCUUGACCUGGAAUUGACAGGUGCGAUAUUUCCCCUGUACUGCUGUGCAUUUCGCGACCAGCCAAAAAUCCUCUCGGCUCACUACAUCGUCCUAAGACAAUCCAUUCCAAAAGAGCUAUUGUAUGACGCUAUUGAUAAGCUUGUGACAGAAAUAGCUGAUGACUUCACAAAUUUCAAUGACUUAUUGGACUCCGUGGUAGCGUCUUUCCACGAACAAAAUCAAGAAUAUGUGGUCAGCCUACUCGAACUUUUGGAAAUUUUGCUCCCCAACUUGCAGAAGGAAAACGUGGAGGGCAGAAAGUUGUUUGCACAAGCAAUUUCAGAAUUCAGUACUCAUCUAGAGCGCAUCGUUUGUCAAGAAAAGCAGACUACUAUUGGACUGAUGGAAAAACUCAAAGACUUACUUGUGUGGAAGCCUUGGCUAUUCGGUCAGUACACCAUCGAGAUUCUAUUUCCAUGCUGCUUACGAGCUAAUAUUUCGUUGAUGAAGGAAGAUGAUGAGGACAAUGAUACGAUAUUUAUAUGCACAUCCCAGCUUCUAUCACACGUCAUUUUAUAUCAUCGUUUCAAGCUAACCAAUCGUCACCACUUGGUGAUAUCCUAUUUAUGCGCCAGCUUGGAGCUCUUCACUGCAAAUUCGAACUUAAGGCUCACGCAGAGAUCUGGAGAGGCCUACAGUAGGCUUAUCAGCGUCUUUUGCGAACCUUCUAACGAUACAAAGAAUAACAAACAGCGAAGCUCUCUACAGUCGCAAGUUGGGCAGAUCAAAAAGUCUCUAAGAAGGCACGCUCCGAUUCUUUUACUAAAGUACAUCAACUUGGCAAUAAACUCAGCCUUCACUAAUGAUAUCAAAGAAAGCAUAAACGGAGGUGUAUUCUCUAUAUUUGAUGUUCUUUCAAGUACCGAACUGGCGGUGGUAAAUGCUUCCCUGGAUAAUCCCGGAAGAGUUUACUUCAAAACGAUGUAUGCUGAUUACAAGAGAGAUGGAAAGUGGCGCGAAGACUAA